UUCAACCUAAAAAUGUGAUACCAGAUUUAAAUGUUAUACCCAUCAAACCCCCAAGCCCCGUUUGUGAAACUGAGACAAGCGAACACCAGCGAGUACUUGUGUCCGUUGAAAAUAGCAAACCCGAGUUGAUUGUAAACAAGCCACUUGUCAAACCUAGUGUCAACCUAAAAAAAGAGGUGGACGAACACGCAGAACCCAAAAUUGUUAACCAAUUAGAACUCAAAUUAGCGUCAAAUGUCGAAUCCGUUAACGCCAACAAAAAUAAUCAAAAUUAA